AUGGCUGCCGGAAGGUUACUGCUCUACACGGGGCUAUCGCUAGCGCUCUGCGCCCUCGGCAUGCUGGCUGUGGCCAUCUGCUCCGACCACUGGUACGAGACGGACGCCAGGAAGCACAGGGACAGGUGCAAGGCCUUCAACACCCGCCGGGUCGACCCUGGCUUCAUUUACAACAACAACAACAACUUGCCUCUGCGCGCGAGCCGCUCGCGCCUGGACCGCUGGGAGGGCAAACUCCUCCGGGCCCGGAAUCGCCGGCAGCUGUUCGCCAUGAGCCCCGCGGACGAGUGCAGCCGGCAGUACAACUCCACCAACAUGGGCCUCUGGAGGAAGUGCCACCGGCAGGGCUUCGACCCGGAGAUCGCCGCCCUCAUCCGGAAAGGAGAAAUUGAGAGAUGCACGUACAUCAAGUACCACUACUCCUCAGCAACCAUCCCCAGGAACCUCACAUUCAACAUCACGAAGACCAUUCGUCAGGAUGAGUGGCAUGCCCUACACCUGCGCAGAAUGACAGCUGGCUUCAUGGGUAUGGCGGUGGCCAUCAUCCUCUUCGGCUGGAUCAUCGGUGUGCUGGGCUGCUGCUGGGACCGAGGCCUUAUGCAGUAUGUGGCAGGGCUUCUCUUCCUCAUGGGAGGAACCUUCUGCAUCAUCUCACUGUGCACCUGUGUGGCUGGGAUCAACUUUGAGUUAUCGCGUUACCCACGCUACCUAUAUGGACUUCCAGAUGACAUCAGCCACGGUUAUGGAUGGUCCAUGUUCUGUGCAUGGGGGGGCCUGGGCCUCACACUAAUCUCGGGAUUCUUCUGUACCUUGGCCCCCUCUGUCCAACCUGUCCCGAGGACCAACUGCCCUAAAUCCAGACCAGAAAAUGGGACAGUGUGCUAA